GGGACACAUGACACAUAUAUCCAUGUCUUUGAAGUUUUCAGUUUGAUCUUUCUUGCUGCAACAAUAGGGCUUUCAGGAGACUUCACGGUGUCAGUUUACCCUGGACACCGACAGAGGAAUCGUUUGAAGGUGGAGGAGAAGGAUUUGGACUUCAUUUUUGAGGUGGCAAAUGUUCAGUUCAAUCAGCUUGGAAAGUACAUUCUGGUAUUAACCGUAGAGAAUCCCUUGAAGAACGAGUCUGGAACUGGAUUGAAGCUGAGGAUCAAUGAUGGAGAUGUCCUUCAGUCAAGCUCUGGUCACACGGAUGCUAUUUUACAGACCAACCUGGAUGAGUUUUGCACCUGCAUGUGCAAUAAAUUUGUUUUCACUUUGCCCAAAGGCUAUUGUAAAAAUGACAAAAACCAUGAUGUACGUCUCAAGGUGGAAGCUCUACGUAUGACAGACUCAGAUGAAAAGGAUGGCAUUAAAUCUGGAGAAGGUUUCUUUGCUAUCUACCCACGCACCAAUGCUCCACGAAUUAACCUUUAUGCUGAUCAGGAAGAGGAGUUGUAUCAGUAUUGUGGCGUCAUGGCUUUGCUGCGAGUGCAUGAUGAUCAUCUAUCCAUGCACUGCGGUCGACUGGUCUACUCUGUGGCCUUCCAUGAGGCCAGGCCCUUUCUCCCGGAAGGAGGCCGUUCCUCUCGGAUGUCUUCCCUGCUUGAAGGUGACCUACCUGAGGGAGUGACAUCACUUGGAACCUCCACACUCCAAGUUCCUACACUGACUUUGGGAUCUUCACAGCGUCAGAGCACUGUAGUAUCCAGGCGCCAGGAUCUUCCUACAGAAGAAGACUUGAACAUUAACCUUGUGCCAUCUCCACCAACUAGUCCUCAAACUUCCCAGGUGGAGCGCAACUCCCCAAAACCUGAACCAGAGACCAAGAUGGACAUCUCCAGUGAUAGCCUUCCUUCCACCCCAAGGAGUGGAGCAGCUUCAUGUCCAGAGCCAACCAGCCAGACACCAAAACCUGGUGACCCUGUGCCCCUGGAGGACACACCUGCCCAGACACCAAAACCGCUCCAAUACAAGCAUGCUAUUGAGUCUCCUUUUGAGGGUGAUCUGAGUGUAGCCGAGGACUUUUUCGUGUCUAACCCUGGAAUGGAGUCCAUCAGCUUCAUCCUGCAUGGAGCCACCAGCCUGCCCCCCCUGAGUGACGGGGGGGUUCCUCAGCCGUUUGCCAUUUUGAAGAGAGCAGUGGAUGAGGACCACGGGCGGAGGAGUCAGGGUGUGACCCGCUGCACCCUGCAGCCCACACACUGCCCCUCCUGGGAGGAGAAGCUCAGCCUGGAGCUGCCGGAGAAGCAGGCACGCGGGGACGUGGUGGUCCUUAAUGUGGCUGACAGCCGAACCAAGGAGAUUCUGGCUCACUACCGCCUCCCUGUAGGCCAUCUCCAGCCCUUCCACCAUUACCACCUGGAGCUAGUGCAGACUACCAGGUCUGUUCCACAUGGAGUAAACCUCUAUGUUACUGUGGUCCGUAAGCUCAACACCCUGCCUCGACAACCUCACUUCUCCUUCACCGGGUUUGAGGUGCUUCUGCAGGAGAUGGAGAACCCCUUAAAGGAGCCUGUUGGUCCUCUGUUUUCUGUAGCCCGCAUCGUGCCUGACUACCACUCCUACAGGGAUGCAAUGCUCCUUCCCACUCCUCGAGCAGCGGGUAUAGCUGUCACCACAGUCCACUUUCCACAUCCUCCUGCGUCGACCUUCAGCCCUGCCCUUCUCUCCGCUCAUGGCCGGCCUCAGGUCUCCCUGGCAGGGUCUCCCGAGGAACAGCCUGUAUGGAACCACUCCUUCCUCUUCCUGGAACGAGACUGUGCCACCAUGUUCAGCGGUGCUGCUGCCCUGGUGCUGGAGUUCUACCCCACAACCAGCGUUCUUAAUGCAGUGAGCUGGCACCUCCGGAGCCCCUUGGGCUUUUCCGCCCUGUCCCUGCACCCACAGCUCUACAGGAAGCUGAUGUCAGAGAGGGGGCAGAGGGGGGUGAGGGUGGGGCAGCUGUCCCUGAGGGGCAGCAAGCUCCAGACCACCAUGGACUCCGCUCCCACGGUCAGCAUAGUGCUACGUCUCAUUGGCUCAGAGCGUCCAGACUUCCUCCUGACAGCAGAGGAGCCAGGUUUGUUUCCCAGCCUCGACCCGGAGACUCUGGACGAGGAAGACUGGACCGCCGCGGCUGAAGCGGUUCUCCCCCCUCGGACAGACCAGGAGCAGGGGACCAUUACCAUCCAGACCCCACCCAGCCCUGACCACCACACCCAGUCCCAGCAGCCCCAGCAGUGCCAUCUCGCUAGGCAGCCUCGGAGACCCCCAGACACAGACAUGAGGCGGCCGGGUGUCACAGGGGCCCUGCCCUUCAGCACCGGAGCAUAUGCUGCCCAUUCCCCUCACUAA